AUGCCUUGCGUGAAGAAGUCCACCCUGAGCAGUGCCUUGACUGCGGCCACGGCAGCAGUGUCGUCCAUUUACUCAGGCUCUUCUGUCCCUGCUUCUACUUCAGUUGCUGUUCAGACGUCUGUUCCGGUGGUUGCGUCUUCCGUUGUGGCCAGCAGCACUGUGGCCAGCAGUGUCGCUGCCCAGGCUACAGGGUCCGUAGGCUCUUCCACUGCGGCCAUUGCCACCAACCAGACCACUUACGCUGGAGUUAACAUCGCCGGGUUCGAUUUUGGUUGCGGCACUGAUGGAACUUGCACUGUGGAUGGCAUUACCGUACCUAGCACUGGUGCCGCGCAGAUGCAGCACUUCUACAAAAAUGAUAACAUGAACAUCUUCCGCAUGUCCGUCGGGUGGCAGUAUCUUACAAAUAAUGUGCAAGGCGGAGACCUCGACUCUACCAACUUCGGAAAGUAUGAUGAGUUGAUGCAAAGCUGCUUGGACAGCGGCGCCAAGUGCAUCCUCGACAUCCACAACUAUGCGCGCUGGAACGGGCAGAUCAUCGGGCAAGGCGGUCCAACGAACGACCAGUUCGCUGCUCUCUGGAGCUCUCUCGCCACGAAAUACGCAAAGAACACCAAUGUUAUCUUCGGCAUCAUGAACGAGCCCCACGACGUCACUACCUCAACCUGGGCUGAUACUGUCCAGGCCGCGGUCACUGCCAUCCGCAAGGUCGCCCCUGACCACUGGCUCCUCAUUCCUGGCAGCACCUACUCGUCCGCUGCAGCCCUGCCCACAGAGGCUGGCCCGGACCUGCUCAAGGUCACCAACCCAGACGGCAGCACUGAUAACAUCUACUUCGACGUACACAAGUACCUGGAUAGCGACAACUCAGGCACACACACCGAGUGCACAACCAACAACAUUGACGACGCCUUCACACCCCUUGCCAAGUGGCUUCGGGAUAACAAGCGCCAGGCCAUGCUCACCGAGACCGGAGGCGGCAACACAGAGUCUUGCGAGAAGUACGUGUGCGAGCAGUUCAGCUACCUCAACGAGAACGCCGAUGUCUUCCUUGGCUAUGUUGGCUGGGCCGCUGGUGGUUUCGACAGCACCUACGAGCUUACCCUUACGCCUACGGGAACUAGCGCGGACUCCAUGACGGACACUUCUCUGAUGAGCAAGUGCUUCGCUCGGUAA